GUUGUCUGGCCUUGCCUUUCUUCUCCUCUCCUCGUCGCAGAUCAAAACAUUGAGAUUGUGACUCUGGCACGUCAGUGCUGUCUAUCUCGCCAUGACCACCCUCAAACCUCGCGAGCCUUACUCCCAGGAGGAGCUGGAACGCCUCUACCCUAGCGACUUGAAGCUUCAAUUGGUCCAAGUGUUCCUUCGUCAUGGUGAACGAACGCCCGUGUCUUCACGUUUCCAAAAUGCAGGACUCGCUCCUUACUGGUCAUACUGCACCGUCGCGCGCCAAAUGGUCCAAAUGGCCGCCAGCCACAAGGACCUUUCAGCCUGGAACGGAUUCCAAUGGCGUCGGAAACAUGAGUCCUUUGGCAGUAGGGACGAAUCAGUCGCUGCAGUUGGUGCAUCCGGUGAUAUCGAUGGUAUCUGCCUACACGGCGAGUUAACCGACAAGGGACGGGAGACCACAUAUGCGCUAGGCCAGCGACUCCGCCAUCUGUACGUCGACCAGCUCGGCUUCUUGCCCAAGAUCAAGUCCGACACCGAGGACAUGUACCUCCGCGCGACGCCGAUUCCGCGCGCUCUCGAAUCUCUCCAACAAGCCUUCUGGGGAUUGUACCCUGCGAGUGCCCGCACCCAGGACUUCCCACCCCCCGUGAUCGUCGGACGAUCCGUGUCCGAAGAAACACUGUUCCCUAACGAGGGCAACUGCCGUCGCUUCAGACAACUCUCCCGACUCUUCGCGGACCGGGCCGCACUCAGAUGGAACGAAACGGACGAAAUGGAAUACCUGAACAAGCUCUGGUCCAAAUGGAUGCCCGAGAGCUCUCCACGCGUGGCGGUGGACUCGCACCCGCGCCUCUCCGGCAUCAUGGACACGGUCAACGCGACAGACGCGCACGGGCCGGCGACGCGCCUGCCCAAGGAAUUCUACGACACCAAGGCCCGCGAAUACAUGGACCGGAUCGCAGUGGACGAGUGGUACUCAGGCUACAGCGACAGCGCAGAGUACCGCAAGCUGGGGAUCGGGGCGCUGCUAGGGGACGUGGUGGACCGGAUGGUGAGCACGGCAGUGUCGCCAGGCGGCUGGCGCAGCGAGGCGGCAGCGGUAGCGGCCACCAACCAACCCAGCAAAGCCAUCAAAUUCGCCAUGAGCGGCUGCCAUGACACGACUCUAGCCGCCAUCCUGAGCAGCCUCGGCGCCUUCGGCAACAGCAAAUGGCCACCCUUCACCUCCUCCGUCGCCAUCGAACUCUUCUCCAAAGCCGAUGACACCUCCUCCUCCGACCAAUCCAGCAGCAGCAACACAAGCCUCCUCUCCCUCCUCCCAACAACCACAAAGUCCGAACCCGAAACCGCCCGCGUCCCCCUCGCCGCCCUCCCGGACUCAGCCCGCCACUCCCUCCGCACCCACUACGUCCGCAUCCGCUACAACGACCGCGUCGUCCGCGUCCCCGGCUGCGCCGCCAAGCCCGAGAACCACCUCCCCGGCGACGAGACCUUCUGCACGCUCGACGCCUUCAAGGAGAUCGUCGACAAGUUCACCCCGCAGAACUGGAGCCAGGAGUGCAUGCAGAAUCUGGGCGAGGGGUUGUUCGGCAAGGAUGAUCGCGAGAAGGUCCCUGCUGGGGUUUAGAGUCUCUCCUGGGGUUUUGGUGGGGCCUGCCCGGGUUGUAUAGAGCUUAUAGAGCUUUAGUUGUGAUGGAAUAUUGUUUAUAGGAUUGUAAAAUGGAUAGAUGGGAGAUUAUUGGGUGUGGGAUUAAUGUGUCGAGGUGUAUAAAGGGGAUAUUUGAUAUCAUCUAUGGGUAGAGUUUGAUAUUGGGACAUAGGAGCGAGCAUCUUGCAUGCGGGAUCAGAGAUAGUAGAUAUUCAUAAUAAUUGAUAAGGGUAGGUAGGAUAUCAUCAACCGGGAAG